UUCACUGAUGGAAAGAUGCACGAAAUCAGCACCACAACGAAGUCAUAAUACUGAUGCGAGAUGCUGAGUGCUGACUGGGCUUCCUUGUCUACCACCUCUUCCAGUGCUGCUAGGAUGGCGACCUGUAGCGGCCUGCUUGAUGUGGCGACUGUGGUGCUGGGGCGCAGUGCAGGCCAGGGUGUUCUCCGGGGACGUGGUCUCUGCCGAAGGAGGCGCGUCUGUGGGUGUGUCGUGUCUGCAGGAGGAGUGCGAGUGGCGGGGCUGGAGCGACUUCAGUCCGUUUGAGAAGGUGAAGGUGUUUCAUCCCGGCGAGCAGGACGGCCUGGUGAUGACUGUCCUGCACGAAACCACGGGUGUUGUCCUGCUGAGGAAGACGUUCCACACGUGGCACAUCUAUAGCCACGCCCUCGACCUACUGUGGUGGGUGGGGAGGCUGCGGGCAGGGCGAGUGGUGGUGCUGGUGGUGCGGGGGUCCGGAACAUACGGGCUGGGGGACGUCCUUCCGGCACUCACUGACUUGGGUUCUCUGUUGGCUCGCCACGCUCCGCCAAGUGCCCUGCUGGCGUGGGCGUUUGUGGUGGGUGGCCGCACCCUGUUAGAGACACUGGGGCCUUACCAUCGGCCCUCUAACAUUAGCCUCCACGCACACUUCCUGCUAUCCGCCGCACCCGUCCUGCCAGUAUUACCUCGUGGCCCCGCCCCUGUCUCGCAGGAGCGUCUCUGUGACUCCCACGCAGCCCUGGGACCACUGUGUGACCCUGUGGCUCCUCUAGUCAUGCCGCUGUCAUUUGUGGAGGGUGACCAGAAGGAGGAGGAUAAAGGAAAGGUAGGAGUGGUGGUAUGUGCCGGUGGGAGGUUCCAGUACCUUGUCCACACCCUCGUCAGACUCCUGCACAACCGUGGCCUCUCCCCGCACCAUGUCGUUGUAGUGUUCAAUGGAUCGCCAACCCCCGAGGUGCUUACGCUCUUGGAGUUGCUACAUCUGAGACACAGCGUGGUGAACGUGCCCUUGGAAGCGCCGUCGAUCAAUCACCGUUUGUUUCAGUUUUACCGCGGGGCGUGGCGCGCAGGGCUGGCCACUUUCCCCGAUGCUCUUUAUUUGGCCUUCCUAGACGAGGACGUGGAAGUGUCUCCAGACUGGCUGUCGCUGCUGCUGCACCUGGCCCCCGCCCUCACCCUCGACCCCUCCCUGUGGUGUGUGUCCGGGUCUGGCUCCCCACAUCCUGCCCAGUACCACGACCCUCGCCGAGUGGUGCGCGCGGCGCGUCAGCCUGGCUGGGGCUAUCUAGUGCUGGCAGCAGAGGCACGGUCAGUGGUGGAGACGUGGCCGGACGCAGCUCAGACACUCCUGUAUGACACCUUCCUGAUGAAGACAGUGGGGCGGGGGCGGGAGUGUGCGUUCCCCAUGGUGGCUCGCUCGCGCCACUACGGCGUGGGCGUCAACACGGUGCCAGAGAUCCAUCACUUUUACUUCCUGGGGCUUCCGCUGCACGAUGGCUCCCCGGUUGCCUUGCCCCCACCUGAAAGCCUCACGCAGCAGCAGUACGAGAGCCAGGUGUGGGCGCGCUUGCGGGCGGCGGUGCCCCUCAACAGGAACCCUUGCGCCCCAGGUUUCCUCCGUGCCCCUGACGACGGUCCACCAACAGACCUGAUGUUUUUCUUCUUCAUGGAUAACCUGGAGAAAUCAUUGGAGUGGGCCAUGCUGGGGGAGUGUGUGGGCGCCUGGCCCUACUCCACCCACGCCAUGCACCGCGGAGCCGUGGAGCUGCCACAGACCUGGGGAGGCUCAGUGUGGCUGGUGGGGGUGCCGGCCUCCCCCUAUUACACCCUGAGGCCCCCUGGCGUGUCCGUGUGGCGACCCGUCACGGACAGGCAGCUGGAGGAACACGAACUGUACUUUUCUUCCCUGAGGCCUCUCCCAAAUAUCACCGGCAAGACCAUGGACGCCGCCCUCUCUCACCUCUUCCUCCCAGCGUCCUUGCCCAAGGAUGAUGACUCAGGAGUCAGCUUAGCGGAAACAAACACCCUUCCUAGUGACCGAACAUCUGAUACUACAGCAACGGAUUCCCCUAAUGACACAGUCUCCACCAUAACGACACCAAGCAGUUCUGCUAAUGACCUAACACCAAUUGCGACACCAGCAGACACCGCUGCCAACCUUUCAGCGCUCAGCGUGACACCGACACAUCCCUCACCGCUGCUGGAGUCACUGCUUGCAGUCUUGGAAGGAACCACCAAACCUAUCACUCCUCACAGUAAUAAGAUUAACAUAGAAAAUAGCGAAGUUAAUAGUAUAGCACCUCCAAGUACCUGAAAAUAAUAAAGAAAACAUCACCUUUCCAUUUGCUAUUAUUAUUAUUAUUAUUAUUAUUAUUAUUAUUAUUAUUAUUAUUAUUAUUAUUAUUAUUA